AUGGAGGCCAUCAAGGAAAAGACUUCGCUCUUGCACAAGGGCGCUGACCCGGGAUACAAGCUUCCUGGUCUGCUAGUCAUUGAUACCCCAGGACACGAAUCUUUCACGAACUUACGUUCCCGUGGUUCGUCACUCUGCAACAUUGCCAUUCUGGUAGUUGACAUUGUUCACGGACUUGAGCCACAAACCUUGGAGUCUCUUGGUCUCCUGCGUCAGCGCAAAACACCAUUCAUCGUCGCCUUGAACAAGAUCGAUCGUAUGUACGACUGGAAAGCCAUGCCUGAUCACCCUACAAGAGAUACGCUGGCCUCCCAAGCACCUCACGUUCUUCGUGAAUUCAAUGAGCGUGUGAAGAAAGUCAUACUGGAGUUCGCCGAGCAAGGUCUGAAUGCUUGCCUGUACUGGGAGAACAAGAAUUACGCCAAGAACGUCUCGCUGGUGCCUACUUCAGCCAUCACCGGUGAAGGUAUUCCCGAUUUGCUCCACCUUCUCGUCGACUUGACACAAACCAGGAUGACGGAAAAGCUGAUGUAUCUCUCCGAGCUCGAGUGUACGGUUUUGGAAGUCAAGGUUGUGGAAGGUCUUGGAACGACAAUCGAUGUUGUCCUUUCCAAUGGUGUACUGAACGAAGGCGAUAGGAUUUGCGUGUGUGGAUUGAACGGACCCAUCAUCACCACCGUUCGUGCGUUACUCACACCGCAACCGAUGAGAGAACUUCGUCUCAAAUCACAAUACGUUCACCACAAAUCCGUCAAGGCUUCCCUGGGGAUCAAGAUCGCUGCGCCGGACCUCGAAAAGGCCAUUGCCGGAUCUCGGUUGCUGGUCAUCGGCCCUGACGAUGACGAAGACGAGAUCAAGGAAGAGGUCAUGGGUGACCUUACAUCCCUUUUGUCGAAUAUCGACAAGUCCGGGAAAGGUGUCUGUGUCCAAGCCUCUACUCUUGGAUCCCUCGAAGCCCUCCUCACCUUCUUGAAGGCGUCGAACAUCCCCGUUUCCGGCAUCAACAUUGGACCCGUGCACAAAAAGGAUAUCAUCCGCGCAUCCGUAAUGUUGGAGCGGGCUCGAGAGUACGCCCAAUUGUUAGCAUUCGACGUGCCAAUUGAUAAGGAAGCCGAGCAGAUGGCUGAAGAAUUGGGUGUGAAGAUCUUCUCCGCUGAGAUCAUUUACCACUUGUUUGACGCAUUUACCGCGUACAUGAAGGACUUGGAGGAGAAGAAGCGUGCGGACGCGGCACCAAAAGCCGUCUUCCCGUGCGUCCUGAAAAUUGUUCCGGGCGCCGUCUUCUCGCGUCGUAAUCCUAUCAUUCUCGGAGCCGACGUCGUGGAGGGUAACCUCAGAAUUGGCACGCCGUUGUGUGUGUACAGCGAGGAGACCUCGAGUGUAAUCAAGCUUGGACGGGUUACCAGCAUUGAGCUGAAUCACAAGGCUCAGCAAGAAGCUAAGAAGGGAGGCCCCGCUGUUGCCAUCAAGAUUGAGUGCCCGGACUUCGAGACCCCAAAACUGUUCGGCAGACACUUCACGGAGAAGAACGAGUUGUAUUCCCACAUUACAAGACCAUCGAUCGACAUCCUGAAAACAACCUUCCGAAACGAUCUCAGCAAGGACGAUUGGGCCCUUGUUGUGAAGUUGAAGAAGAUUCUCAAAGUCGAGUAA